AGUGAUAUUAUCAGAUGAAUCGAUUGUUGUCUCAAACCUGUUCUGUGUCAUUUGCAGGAGCUGAGUGAGCCUCCCUGGGAGCCUGAACAAGUCCACUUCCCAUCAUUAGAAGGACGAGUGCAGACAUAUGGAACUGGACAGAUAAAGCACGAACUGGGCAACAACUUCAAAGCGAACACUGAAUAAUCCCUUUUAAAAGAUUUUGUGCAAAAGUGCUUUGAGAACGUGACAGAACUUCAAUGAAGCUCAGAACUGCCUUCCAACAAGACUAGUUCUGGUACAACUUUGCAGAAAAAGCCUUUCUGAGGAUUAUAUUCCAGGGAAGGCCUUGCACAGGGAAAUUGUGCCCGUGGUUCUGCUUUUGUAGCCAACACUCGCGCGAAGAAAAGGAACCACACGUGAGGAUGAAACUUCAAGCAGUCAUGGAGAAUCUGCAGAGGCAGCAGAGAGCCAAACUCCAACUGCAACUCGAACAGCAGCAGUUAGCCAGCCAAUCACAGGCACAGCAGUCCUCUUCGGCCAAUCCUGGCAUGGGAAGAGAUGAGCCUGCAAGGGGCAGACCUGAUGGGAGCCCUGCCCCUGAGGAGGGCUCAGGAGAGCAGUCUCACACUCAGAUGGCAGCUUUGGCAGCCAUGCGGGCGGCAGCCGCAGGGCUACAGAGACCCCCCGACAGCCCCCUGACGGAGGACAGCAGCGAGGAUGAGGAGGGAGGGGAUGAGCAGUACAAAGAUAUGAUGGGCUCGGAGGAAGAAGAGCACAUAAAGAAGAAGUGGGAUGAGGAAGACUUUGAAGAGGAGAUGGAAGACUACUAUGAUGAUGAGCUUGGGGAGGAAGGGGUGGGGGUCGUGGGGGGGGCCUCUGUACCAGGAAAGGAGGCCCCACUGCACCGCCAGCUCCACAGUCACCCCCAGCUUCUGAAGGCAAAGGGGGCGGGGGGACAGGAUCUCCGAAUUCAGAGUUUACCCUCCCAGGGGUCCCUAAGUCAGACGCCAGGGCAGGACCAUGGGGACUGGACCUACGAAGAGCAGUUCAAACAGUUAUAUGAACUGGAUGGGGACCCAAAGAGGAAGGAGUUCCUGGAUGAUUUGUUUAGUUUCAUGCAAAAGAGAGGGACACCUGUGAAUCGCAUCCCCAUCAUGGCCAAGCAAGUCCUGGAUCUCUACAUGCUGUACAUGCUGGUGACGGAGAAGGGGGGACUAGUGGAGGUGAUCAAUAAGAAGCUGUGGAGAGAGAUCACCAAAGGACUCAACCUGCCUACCUCAAUAACCAGUGCAGCCUUCACCCUCCGUACACAGUACAUGAAGUACUUGUACCCUUACGAGUGUGAAAAGAGGUCACUGAGUAACCCCAACGAGCUCCAGGCAGCGAUUGACAGCAACCGCAGAGAGGGGCGGCGCCACGGCUUCGGGGGCACACUCUUCACCUACUCCCCCAAUGGGACCCCCACCAUGCUCUCCUCUCCCAAGCUACCCCUGCCCAGCCUGAGCAGGGCAACCAACGGGAAAUCCCUUGCCCCAGUCCAAAAGAUAAAGAAAGAGGAGGAGGGGGGUGGUUCUGUGGCGGGGCCCGGCCGGCUGGCAGGGCACUCCAUGGCGGUGCAGGCAGCAGCAGCAGCCCAGGUAGCUAUGUCAGCCCAGGUGGCUGCGAUGGAGCAGCUGAGAGACCAGGUGGAGAGCGGGGAGCCCCCAGAGAAGAAGAUGGUCCUGAUGGCAGACGAGCAGCAGAGACUGAUGCAGAGAGCUCUUCAGCAGAACCUGCUCGCCAUGACAACUGCACACGUGCCAAUGAACAUCCGCAUCAACAACCAAGAGAGCAGGCGGGAGUCUGCACUGAACCUCACUACAAACGGUGCAAACAGUAUUCGCAUGUCGGUGGAGCUCAACGGUGUUGUCUACACAGGUAAGCAUGUUCCUUUCCACCCACAAUCCUUAUAGCUCACCUACAGACUCAGGUGACACUAGCAGUAUUCAUGCUGUGAUGAGAAAUGCAGUCAGUUUAGCAGGGUUAGCAAAGGGCGUGUCUCUGAUCUUAUUGAUUGCAACUUCAACUAGUCUGUGAAAUGCAAAAGGGAAUAUUCUCAGUACUGACUGUUCAUCAUUUUGUAUUGGGGGUGGGGGCUCACCUUUUACAGGAAAAACUUACAGAACUGUUGCUGUUCUAAUAUGUGAGGGGGUGUGCCGCCUUGUCACAAACUUGUUUAUUAGAGUCCCUGCAGUUACUAGAAAAGCGAUUUGAAUGGCAGAUACACAUAAACAAAAUCCACGCUACUUACCAUUCUGUAGACACGCUGCCACCCAGUGGUGUAGUGU